GGAAAAUUUUUAAAUUUGAAAACUUCUUUUGAAAAUUUGUUGCAUCAUAUUGGUUUCAGAGUAAAAUCAUGUUUUAUUGUAAAUAUGGGAAUCUAAACUUUUCAUGAAACAGAAGUUACGUGGAUUUUCAAGUCAUGUUUGUACUUCAUCUUUGUCGACGAAGUAGGCAAAAGUUGAGGUUGAAAUGUGCUUGGGUAAGUGCACCAAAAUUUAUUGAAUUUGAACAUGAUUUUUAGCAUAUUAAAUUUCUAAAACAAAAAAAAUACUGGUAUGCCAAGCAACAAGCCGAUUUAUUCAUAUACCGAUAUUCUGAAUACCAAAUAUUAGUGUACUGAAUGUUAUUAGUGGUAUACCAAAGCAAUCCAAUCUGUGCAAGUUACAUUUAACAAUGUAUACAUGCAGCAUUCAUAUUAUUAGGGGCUGUUUUAUAUAUGGAGGUGAAUCAGGGAGCCAACUUGCUUUUCCAAGCUAAUUUCAUGUUUACAUGAGACUUCAGGAUGUCCUGCCAAAACAAACCACUGGUCCCACCGCUAAAAAUAUAGUAUGACAUAAAUAUAUUUUCGCAUGAACCUAAAAUUCGCACUUUUGCGAGCAACUUUCUUGGUUACAUAACCUACAGAAUUGUUGACAGAGACCUUUUAAGAUUGAGAAAUCUGUUGAGAAAAUCUUAUUUACAACAAUAUAUUCUCAUGAACAGAGCAAUAACACUCAGCCCGCUUAGGUGAGCUAGCCCCAUUACACAAAAUGAAAUUUAGUACGAAAUAAUAACAAAGGUGGGAUCAGAGUCACCUAAACCUGCAUGGCCAGCUAGGGUACCUUAGACAAUAAUAUUCUGCCAGCCUGGAAAAUAUUUACAGAAAUUAUGUUUUCAUGCCACCUUGGCAUGUACUCAUUGAAUUUCUGUCUAUCUGGUGUACAAAAUAAAAUGUCAAAAAAUACUUGCUGGCAUUAUAUAACCUUCAGUGUAUGUUUUUAUGGCUGGCCAGCAUAUUAAACUUUGACAUAUUUAUUCAGAACGAACUUUCUGGUAUAGAUAACCAGAAACCUUGACAGCACCCAAAGCCCAUCCCAACCUAGCCUGUGUAGCAGACAGUUUUUUGGGGAGGACUUGCAGGCGGGAAAAUUAGGGCAUGAUCUAUCAGUCAUUGAGGGCAAGACUUGAGGAUCAGGACGUCAGGAGUCACAAUUUUAUUACAAUAAGAAUGACGAAUUUGUUCGACAAUCAACAUAUGGAUUCCGAGAAAUUCAAAAUUAAUUCUAAACACUUCUAUCUCAUCUGUAAACGCAAUAUCAAACGCGAGCGUGCUUACAAUUAAUACUAUGUCCAAUUUGUAUGAAAUACACAAUGUCAACGGUAACUCCAAAUAAAGACAACAUUUUUGAUUUUCCAGGCUGCUCUAAAUCUUACAUAGGAAAGACCGACAGAUGCCUUCACACAAGACUCAAUGAACAUGCAACAACUGACAAAUCUGAGAUUUACAAACACAUCAACGCUUGCAAACACUUCAGUGACACCUACAUCACCAACCUAAUGAAACUUAACAUCGACGAUUCUAACACAAACGAACGGUUUGACCUAACACUAUUCCUUCUCCACAACUCCAUCAUCUUGGACAAGGCAAAACACUGGUCUGAGUGUUAUUAUUCAAAGAAGUACUUGCCAUUCACAGGCAGAAACCAGAUCGACUAUUGGUUUUCUACUAGUAUACAAGUCAUUUAAUUACAAACUAUUGGUAUAUGGCAUUACUAUGUAGUAACAUUAUCCAUUCCUGAUAGGGUCUUAGCUAGGAUUUUAGAUCUUGGGCGUGUUUCGAAAUGACCAGGGUGUGCACAUGCCAUUUACCUUGAAUAGCCAAAUUCACGGUUCCAGUUAUGCUCACCAACAACAGACAUUAAUGCCUGUGGUUGUUCUAUGCUUUGCAACCAAAUACAAGGCGAGCAUACGGUUCCCAUUACCCAUCAAAACAUUAAAGCACCACGGAUCAGUUUUGCCAAUUUCAACAACUAAAUAGGAAGAAAUUCUGUCUGUUGUAAGCAGUAACACCUUAUUUUAUGAACCUACACAGCCUUAUAUAAAUAAUGCGGAAGCCGUGUUUAUUUUAUCUAGCCGUGUUUUCCCAGUUCUCCCGCCCUAAUUUUUCCACCUGCAAGUCCUCCCCCCAAAAUUGUCUGCUAAGUAGGCUAAUCCCAACCCCUUAUCCUAAAACUAGGCUGGGGCGGUUCUUGAAAAAACCCGAAAAACUGUCACGAAAAAACCGAAAACCCGUUUUUUAUCUACCGGUAUAAAUAACACACAGAGUCUGACAUAAAACCGUGUAGCACAUGUUUUUGUUAUGACUAUGUGAAGAAUUUUAGUUUUAGAUGCUUAAUAUCAUGAUCAAAAACUUAUAGAGGACCUGGUAUAAAAAUACAAGUAAGAAGACAAUGUUAAAAGAAUGUAUUUACAAGUUUUCAGCUAGGAUUAGCUGAAACAUUAGCAAUUUUAUCUCGUUUUUCCCCGGUUCUUUGCCUUUUUCCGGUUUUUCGGUGCUUGGACUUUGGCAAAACCGAAAUACCAUUUUUUAAAAAACCCCGAUAUUUUCCGGUAUACCGAAAACCCGCCCCAGCCUACGGCUAACACCUUGCAUGAUUAACAAUUACAAUUUCAUCUAUAAUUUUAACCCCCUUCCCCCCUAACAAUGUUGGUUGAGUUAAGUAUAUAAACCACAAGGUGAUCUGAUUGAUAACAUAUAGUCAUGUUAGGGAAAGCUAAAACUAACUUGCUGACCUGUUAGUGUGAUGUUAAUUAUUAAGAGAAAAGUGAUUGAUAAAAGAAAAUGUGUGCUAAUCACGUCUCUCUUAUUAAAUACCACCAGCACGUGUCUUAAGUGAAAGGAAAAUGUAUGCUAAAUCCAGUGACCAAUUAGAAGAAUGAAAAUCAUGGCUGCCAAAGUUAGGGACUAUUAUUAUUAGCUAGUCUGAACAACUAAACUCAUUAUUCAAAGUACAGUAACUGUACGCUUCAAAACUUCAAAAACAUACAUAUAAUGUACAUAGUAUUACAUACAUUAUUUAGUUCACUCUCCAUCGCAGCUUUUCAGUGACUGAUUACUGUAUGUCAAGCAUUGCAUAAGUUUAAUUAAGAUUCUGGAGUAACAGAACAACUCCAAAAAUCUUGUGGAAGUGACAGAGCAAGCUAUUUCGGUGCUGUUGAGGGUAAAUUCAACAAAACAAGCCACAAAUAACAAGUCACAAAUAUUAAGGACCUCGGUAUCACUGUUUCCAGUAAUCUUUCUUGGUCAAAGCACAUCGAAGUCACUGCAGCGAAAGCCAACAAAACUCUUGGACUCAUCAAAAGAAUCUGCAGAGACAUAAAUGACUGCGCCACAAGAAGACUACUGUACUGCUCUCUCGUUAGGCCUAAGUUGGAAUACGCUAGUAAUGUGUGGUCACCUAGCACUGUCAAACACCGGUCAUUAAUCGAGAAUAUUCAGCGACGAGCGACUAAGUUUAUCUUGAACUAUCCCAAAAAUAUGUCCUAUCAAGGAAGACUGAUAAAAACAAACCUCCUUCCACUCGAAUGCCGCAGAGAAAUCUUGGACUUGCAAUUGUUUUACAAAUCUAAAAACAGGCUCAUACCUAUGGAUGUGAAUAAUCAUUUACGUACCUAUGAUCCAGACUAUUCACCACGUCAUUACGACGAAAACAAUUUCUAUUUUAUUACCAAACAUAAGCAGGACUACUUCAGGAAUUCGUUUUUUGUAAGGUCAGCAAAUCUGUGGAACAGCCUCUCAUCACAACUUAAGAGUUGUACAUCAAUAUCUGUAUUCAGUUCCAGACUACGUAAAAUGUAUAACGACUGCUAUUUUACAGCCCUCCUGGCUGGUCUUAACUUUAUAAUAUCCUAUGGUUUCCUAUUCAUGUAAUGCGUUUGGUCGAUGUAUAUUCAUUUAUUAGGAGUUAGGUGUCAAUUGGUACGCAAGUCCUGUUCCUCUCUCCAGUCACACCUAUGCUGUAUUUUUUUUUGCAUGUUCUAUACUAGUGUCAGUAAUCAAUCUUGUUUGUAUGUAAACGAAUUGUGACAAAUUAAAUUAAAUUAAAUUAUUAUUGGGGGAGCCAACCUAGAGGUUCUCCUGAUUUCAAAGCCUCAGAACUGCAUUUUCUGUCUUUCUUGAGAGGACUUUUUAUGAAACCGCCCUCCCCUGCCCCCUCCUAGUGUCCACCACUGUGAAGUAGCAAAAGCAAACCAACAUGAUCGUAACAGCUGUGGUGCAUGACCGCUAUAAAUUGGACACCUCUCUGACAAGACCGGAUUUUAGUGGAAAUAGUGGGGGAGGUGGAAAAAAAUUUAGGGGAGGUGCAGCGGUUUAGCUCACGACCCCAAUUGGAAAGUUAGGGCUUACAACGGCCCAAAGUCAACGACGUGACGUAUGCAAUGUAGUGUACAUAUAUGAUUAUAUGUAUCAAUUUAUUAAAUUAAUGAAAUAUGACUGUACAACUCAUCCAUGCAAUUUCGCCCUUCAUUACAAUUACUACAAAGCUUCUUUCAAAACAUUGCAUUAAAAGGGUACUUAAUACUGAGAUGAACGGCUAUCACUGUUUCAAUUUUACAGAAAAAACUUUCUUACGAAGUGUAAACCCUAGCCAACCAAACAAUGUCAAAUUUUCCCUUUGAUCUAUCAUUGACACUUUCCCAAGGGGAGGUUCAUGACUUUUCAGGGAAGGUUCAAAAAUUCUUAGUGGAGGUGCAAAACGAUCUCAAGGGAGGUGUGCUCCUCCCCACACCUCCCCUCAAAAUACGGCCAUGCUCUCUGAUACAGGUAUUUUGCUUUCUCCCUGGUGGCGGAGUACAACCUAAAACAUUAUACAUUAACCCACAAAGUACAGCAUACAGUACACAUUUUCGACAAACCAUUCAGAAAACGUCAAUGGGUCAUUUCAGAAAACAUUCACGCGGGAACUGAAAUCAGUGGAAGCUAAAAUUGGUUCAAGAAACCCUUUUGAUGAUUGAUAAUAGUGAUGUUUUUGAUUUUUCCCGAAAUAAGAGUUCAAAGCUUCAAAGAGAGUCAACUGAAUUGGAGAAACAUCAGAAGCUAUUUCUCUGUACUGUGUGGCUUUUUGUUAUAUACAGUACACUUAAACCAUAAAUCGGCCGACUCAGCUCGUAGCAUGUGCGCCAACGCUCUACUAGAGACCUUACGAUUUAAGGACGGCAACGCGACGACGACGGCCAGAACAAACGUCUUCAAAUAAAGGUUGUAAACUAGAUAAUUCGUCGUAUAUUAUCAAUCGUAUGAGUUUAGUACAGUCUUAGAAGUUGAAGACAUGGGUUUUAUGGUUGGGAAGAGUUCUGCUGAACCCAGUUUGAAGUUGCACUUGUUGCGGCUUGAAAUGCAGCCGUUGUAUCAAGACUUGAAAAUCUGUGAUUUGGCGUUGUAAACAGAGCGAAGGACAAUGUCUAAAUUAUUCAUAUAUUGUAAUUAUUCAAUUCUUUUCAAUGAUUUAUUGUAUUGGUAGCCGUUGCCGUCCUAAAUCGUAAGGUCUCUAGAGAUUAACACUCCGUGUACGCGCUAAUGUGGCACAACACCAGACACUUGCAUGCACAGACAUGCGUGAAGUGCCAUAGGGCCAGAUCGAGUGCUUAAUAUAAUUUAAUAAUAUAUUUUUAUACAGGUCCCCAGACCUUGGGUGUGUGCAUUUUCAACUGAUUCUACAAAGGUAAUUUCCGUAGUUAAAAUUCUGUGAUGAUCCACACUAAAUUUUUAGUUUAAAAGGUUGUUCAUAUACUGUAGAUUGAGGGGUGAGGUUCCAAUUUUAAGUUCCACGUUUCUCUUUUUUAUAAUUAUAGCAUUAAAUAUACCGGUAAUACAAAGUGCUACAUGCCAUUAUGGAUUGCCAACCUGAUCCCCCAGUUCAUUAUUUUCAUUUCCCCUGAAAUUUAUUGCUCAGAGGCUGAGCGCAACUCUGUACCCAGCGUAAUUUUUAUUGCAUAGUUAUUCAUGCUCACGUGACUUUCCAGACAAUUUAUUUUGAGGGAGGCAAUGCUUGCAAAUAACUGAAUAAGUACAAAAGGUGUUGAUUAUAGUCCAGGACUUACUGCAGGAGAGCUGUCAAAGUUCUGUCAACUGAAGUCAUGGGUAUCAUAAAGCGUUGGGGGCCUCUGCUUGCAGCCAUAAUGUCAUCAAGCCACAGUAAACCAGGGGUUGGUUUUUCGAAAGCCCAUUAGCUUAACCCUAGGUUAACCUAAAAUUCAGCUAGAGCAAACUGCCCAACAGCUUGUUUAUAAAUUUGGAAAUAUUUCUUCAGAAAUCUUGUUUGGAUCAACUGAAAUUUUAUUUUCUGAAUUUUUGAGAUAAACAGACGUGCAGGAAUACACAACCAAGACAGCAGGUUAAAUUUUAACCCAGGGUUAGAGCUAAUCCACCUUUGAACAACCGGCCCCAGGCUAAUUCCAUACGGAUAGUACCCUGAGUAUAUGAGGUUGGGCAACCUGCUGCCAUUGAUGGCUUACUUGCAAUGGGCAAUAUCCUUGUUUAGAAUAUUGGCAGGAAUAGGCUUAGCGGCUGCUAUUACUACAUAAUCCAAAAAUGCACUCAAAAAAUGUUUUUAGUCUUUAGCUAUAACAUUUAAAUAUUUCCUAAUCUAUUUUUUACAGUAUUUAAUGUAAUUAUUAUAUAUAUUUUAUUGUGUUGUAUUGUAGUGUAGAUGAAGAGCCACUCUGUGAAUAUACUGAUAAUAAGUCGUUAUUAUUAUUACUCUGGUUAAAAUUUUCCUGCUUCCAGAACGUUCUGGUUACAUUAACCAGACCUAGUAUGGUAGGAAGUAAUAUUAAGUUACCCCAAAUAGGGUAACCAGGAGAAUUUUAACCAUGCAGAGUGUUUUUAGAGUGUGUCUGUAUUAUAUACAGUAGGCCACUUGACUUUCAAAUGAGUUUAGAGCAAAUUUCUUUUCAUGAUCCUUGCAAUUUUGAUUGAGCCAAAAACAAUCAAAUUUCCUUAUACUUUUGAUAUUUUGAUAAUUGUGUUAUUUACAUGCAUGCAUUCGUCAAUUUAGCUGGACUAAUUGGACUUUAAAAAUCAUAACGUAUAUAUGACUUAUGAAAAUAUUAUUGUUAGGGUGAUGUUGACAGAAUUCGCAAUAUUGGAAUUUCUGCUCACAUUGACUCUGGGAAAACUACAUUGACUGAAAGAGUGCUGUUUUAUACUGGAAGGAUAAAGACAAUGCAUGAGGUAAUGUUCCUAAUACUGUUAUUAAUGUUUCAUCUUUGCCCGAGACACGAUUUGGGUUAUGCAGCAUGCAUGCAUUGAAGCUCAUCGUCUGGGCUAACUGCCGGGACUAUGAUUUUACGCAGAAUAAAAUACUGUAUAGUUAGUGCAUCGUUCUCUUAAGCGUUUCCUUUCCUUUUAUCUGCACAUUGUAGAGACAUUUUUCAUAAAGAUGGGGGGUGGGGGGUGGGCGGUGGGUUGGAAUGUACUUUUUCCGUUUAAUACGCAGAUAAACGCCGAUCGAUAAACGCACCCUGCAAUUACGAUUUUGUCCAAAAGAGAUCCAUUAGGGGGUAAUGAAACUUGUGGGUCAUUGUGCUCGACUGAACUUUGAUUACAUAUAUACAGAAGCUUAAUUGUGUUCAUUAUAUGAGGCAAGAAUAAUAAUAGAUUUUGAAUCAAAGGGUUUACAAAUGUUUUUUUAUUUGAAAACCUUGUAGGUUAAAGGGAAGGAUAAUGUUGGAGCUACAAUGGACUCUAUGGAUCUAGAACGACAGAGGGGAAUUACAAUUCAGGUACUCUAUACUUUAUAGAAGUGAUUGUUAACAUCAUCAGUGUCUUAUCCCUUGGAGAGGAAAGACCUUUUGGUAUAGGAACUGGUCACGUGAUCUGCUAACGUUUUAACAGAAUUUUAACUACACACGCAAAAAUCUCACAUCUUGUGGCAAGUCUGCCAACAACUCGUCGCACUGCUUGUCCCAAGUUGUCAACAAGUAUGGAACAAGCUGAUAAAACUUGUAACAACCUUGUUGAUAUUAUCAGCCUUGUUGCAAGAUUGUUCCAACAAGUCCGAUACAGUUAUGAUACAGUGUAACAAUAUUGUUACAACCUUUUGUCGUCAACUUUGUAACAUUCUUAAAAAUCAUGACUGUAUCAGACUUGUUACAAAUUAUUAACAGCUUGUUCUGAACUUGUUACAACAACUCAGUGGGUUGUUACUUGUUAAUAUGUAAAUCGUAGUAGUUGACUUUUGCCAUGUGUUUGGUUUUAGCAGAUUACGUGACCAGCUCCCACCAGGGUCUUUUGUCUCUUUUGUCCAUGCAUAGAACUGAAUGAAUGAAAUCUGUCAGAUCUUGGAGUAGGAAAUAAAUAUUAUAUUUUGUGUAUUCAUUCGAAUUAACAAUAGCGUUCCAGGGUAUUCCAAUAGAAUUUGGAAUAGGAGGCAUUUUGAAAGAAGUAAGCGGCUAUGUGAUGCCGAAGGUGUCACUCACCUAGGGGCGUGGAUGUGUGAUCCAUCCGAGGGCGUCUCUGUGAAGAUUCUGAAUUUAAAAGCUGAACUGGCAUUUCCAGUCAUUUUGGAGAGUGGGGUUUUGGAAGUUUUGUCAUUUUAUCCAAAUAUUUAACAAAGACUAUUGUGUAACAUUUAUGUUAGAAAAGCAAAAAACAUUUCCCCUGACGUUUCUGCGGUAAGGAGGAAAUAUUUUGGUUUGUAAUAUCGAGAAAUAACCAGCGAUUGUCUAUAGGCUAUAGACGGCGAAAAUCGCCUGGUGUUGGCUUCUACUGGCCGGAAACCUGAGCGUUCAUUUAGUAGCAUGUAAGAAUUUUACUGUCGUUCCAAUUGAAGUGUUGCUCAAAUAUUGAUUCAAUACAUUACCUCGGGCUGACCAUUUCAUUUCAUCAAGUUCCUCGAGAUAUUCAUACACUUCCUAGUAUAAUUGUAAACUUCCUGUUGAAUAGUUUGAAUGCACCAAUCACCUUUGUUGUUUGUGCAACUAACCAAUCAUAAAUAGAAAGGAAGUGACCAGAAAUUAUCAAAUACUUGGAAUUGGCUCUUUCACAGGAAGUGUAUGAAUAUCUCGAGGAACUUGAUCAAAUGAAUUGGUCAGCCCGAGGUAAUGUAUUGAAUCAAUAUUUGAGCAACACUUCAAUUGGAACGACAGUAAGUAGUACGAGAGUUUAAUUAAACGUCUUGAUGGUUGUAGAAAGUAUAAAAAGUGUAAAAUAGUCAAUGUAAACAAUUAAUGUAUAGCUGAGCGUGGAAUAUGUUAAUUUUUAAUUUUACAGUCUGCUGCUACUUUUGCUGAAUGGAAAAACCACAAUAUUAAUAUCAUUGAUACACCAGGUAAGGCGGUUUUAUAUUAAAUUCCAACUUGCAAUCUUGCAUAAAGCUUACAAUAGGGCUGCUAACCCUUCUGAUCUUUAUUUAUGAAAUAAUUUUAAUUAUCUAUUUCUUUAUAUAUCUUGAUUAUAAUCUUGUUCGUCGUAAGCAUGGAUAUACCUUUUAUUUUAUUUUCAUUCUUUGAUUUUAAAAAUACAGUAGUUUAAAACUUCUGCUUUAAAAAUACAGUAGUUCUGAAGCCUAUAUACUUCUUUGGAUAUCUUUAUAUUUAAUGACAUGACAGGCAUUCUUUCUCCAGACACUAUAGUCUGUAUUUCGGUAGCGAUCAUAGUAAGUAGAAGUAUGGUUUUCCGUAUCUCCUUUUACCAUUACAUAAGACGUUGCACUAUAUGGAACUACGAACAGUGCUUCCACAACUGCUUGUUCAAAAAUCCUUUUACAAUCUCCAAAAUUCCUUUUUUCCCACAAAAUUUCCUUGCCACCCAAACGGUGGAAAAAGUAAAAAAAAUUCAGGCAAAUUUGAGGCAAAUAUAUCAUAGACCCUACGAGAAAUCGAACAUCAUUACAUUGCCUGAAAAUUUGGGCAAGCUUUCAAGAGUUCCCUCCAUGAAAGUAUCUGCUCCACAUAUAUGUUUAUGUUCAUCCAGGGGCAUAAGGUGCUUGAUAAUGGUGGAGGGAUUGAAUGGCAGAAGGCGCUGAACGGCAAAUUUUGAAAUUUAUAGUCCCUAGAUCGCCGGAAAUGGCAUUUUCAGAUUCUUCUGUACCUCUUUUGUUAGACCUAUACUAUUUAUAAGUUGAUUUUUACUGGUUUAAGACUUGUAACUGGUAUAAGUUACAGAAAUCCUUGCAAUGUCCUUUAAUUUUUGUCUUUUUCCUUGUCAUUUCCUUGUAAAUUUUAUUUCCUUGUAAAUUCCUUGCAAGGACCAAUAUUUCCUUGUUGCAGGGAAAAAUCCUUGUAAGUGGAAGCACUGACUACGAAUCUAUUUCAGGAAUGGAUCUACAGGGGGUGCGCAGUUGAAUAUAUCAUGGUUAAAUAUGUAAACAGUCGAGGUUGUUAUACAGCCAUAUUUUCAAAUAUGCUGUACUUUAACAAGCACAUUUACUUUACUGUACUGUGCUACAGCAACUGUCCAGUCACGUGAUAAAAAGCCGAUAUAAACUUUAUAAUAUAAAACGUAACAGAAUGGCGAACAUGCAGAUUCGGCCAUCUCAAAUAAUGGUAAUAUUGGGAUAGUAGCGUUGCAGACUGCAGAGGAGAGUGGGCAGUAAAGGCUGCAUUCCAGUUGCGCGUUUUUCAUACGUGCGUACACGCACGUAAAAGUUGAAUUCGCUUUACAUCCUACUUAUGAAAUAACUAAAUUUAUAAAAGGACAGCAUUCAGUUUUGUGUAUGAUUUAAUGUGUAUUUGUUAAGGUUAUUUGCACUUAUAUGAAAUUUUAUUUUAAGCGAAUUCAACUUUUGCGUGCGUAUGAAAAACGCGUAACUGGAAUGCAGCCUUGAGGCUCCCUCAUGCACCGCCCCAUGGAAAACCUGCACCCCUCCUUACAGAUCUGGCUAGAUCCGCCCCUGGUCUAUUUUACACAAGUUACAAGUAUAUAUGCAAUGUCAUUCCAAUAAUUUUCUGGUGUUAUUUUACUUGAUAAGACAUGUUUGUUUGGUGUCUUAACUAGUUUACAAUAACAAUACUGUAAUAUAUUCCUUAAACAACUUUAAGUAAUAAUUUAAGAACUGUUUGUUUUUAUUUAAAGGACAUGUUGAUUUCACUGUUGAGGUGGAAAGAGCUCUUCGUGUUCUUGAUGGAGCUGUGUUAGUUUUGUGUGGAGUUGGAGGGGUUCAGGUUGGUAAUGUACAUUGAGAGAUCAACCACUCAACAACAGGUCUACGAGAUGAAAUUUAUACAAUUAAAAUAUAGUUGCUGCUUUUACCUUAUACCUAUAUAAAGCACUCGUUUUCGAACCCUGCAGAAUAACACUUGAUUGAGCAUUUUAACGCCGUACAAGUGCUGUUUUUUUUAUAAAGUGUUAUGUAUCGAUCAAUUCGAAACUUCACCAUCCCUCCCCCGGGAAUUUGAACUUUUUGAAAUUUGACUGAUCAAAUUCUCCACCCCCUGUGUAAAAAAUGUCUUCAAAUGCCCCACUGUAACAAGAAAUUAAGCGUUCAAAUAAAUGCCCGCCUUCAUAUGAAAAUUAUGAAACAGUAAAUACAAAAAGUACAAAAUAUACGGAAAUGUUUUUCGACAAGAUAGCGAAAUUCACGUAAAAAGUUUGGAUACCUUGUGGAACUUUAACAGUUUUACACAAUUAUGUAGUCCAUACCUUCAUAUGAAGCACAUAGAUUUUCCAUGCCCGUUUCUUUGAGCCAGUUUUUCACAAAAUUGAGGCCGUUUCCGGUUUCCCUCGAAAUCUGAGAAAAACUGUAUUUGCCGCCAAUGCGAAGUAUUUUCUGUGCAUGCAGAAAGCACGCGAAAACGGGCAAAAUUUUAAGACUUCCGGUUCAAAUUCCCCACCCCGUUAUCAAAUGCCCCACCACAUGGAAGACCUAAAACGUCAAAUUCCCUACUCCCUGGAGAAGACUUGAAGUCAAAUUCCCGGGGUAUGCCCGGGGGGGGGGGAUGGUGAAGUUCCGAAUUGAUCGAUACAUUAUAAUAUAAUGAACUAUGUUGUUUUUCUUUCAAAAUCCUAGAGUCAAACAUUGACGGUUAACAGACAAAUGAAAAGAUACAGUGUGCCAUGCAUUGCUUUCAUUAAUAAACUUGACAGGUAAAUAGUAACACUGUACAUAAUAUAUAUGUACUGUACAUUAUACAUGUAUUGUUCUUCUAUGUCUAGUAGACUUGAUGUCCCUAGGCUAGUAGACUUACUGUAAUGUUCCAAUAAAUAGAAAUAAUCUAGAAGACUUAAUGUUCCAAUAUGUAGAAAUUAACUUCGAGACAAGAGAAAGUCGACAGUUUUUUAAUAAAAAUACAAAACCGCGAAGACAAGGACAGGCCCGAAUCAAAUGUCAUUCAUAUACGACUUACGUGCGCUAUUCCAAAGUUGAUGACGAAACUGAGACCCAGUGUUAAAGAGUAACAAAAUGAAGAAUGGGGUUUAAAAUAGCUGUCGGCUAUCGCCUGCAUUUUCACACGGCUAGUCGGUAAUUUUAUAUCAGAAACAGCGAGUUUUUCUCAUCCAUUGAUCUGUACGAUGAAUUUAUAGGUUUGUAAUUGAAAAGAUUCUGUCUUGACACAAAAGAUCGUAUUAAGCAUUUUUUAUUAUUUUUGCGAGCAAUGAAGUAGGCGGGACUCGUAAUCUUGUGAUGAAAAUUAAUACCCAGAAUACUACAACGAAGACAGCCAGUGUUUGAGAAAUCGAAAUUCGACCUGUGUCCUUGGUAUCAAAAUGGCCUGCAGUCUUUGUACAUAGUGGGGUAUUUUCCGCAUAUUCGAGAUCACAUGUUCGUGAUAAUCAUGAUCAGGCUUUGUGAAAAGUCGCAGGUACAACAAAGGUACAAUCAGGAACAUGUACCAAACACUGAAACAGCCUACAAAUAUAACUAAGUUCGAAAUUUUUGUUUUAAACCCUGAAUAAUAAACUCAAUAUUCAUACUGUAUUUAUCCUAAUGUCGAACUGUGUAAUCCUACUACAGUGUAAUCUUGAGCAGCUAUUUAAUUCCAGUGGUAUAAGUGUUGUUACUUUUGAACAUUCAGUCCCAGUCUCCUCGUUAUCGUUGCGUGUUUUUUUCUUACCUGCAUGUGUUCUACAACAGUUCGUAUGAACGAUCUUACGUGGGGACGUAGAGAUCAUCUGCGAGCUUGGCUGCAAUUCCGUCCUGUUCGCAAUCUCCCAGUACAGCACAUUAAUUCUGAUCCUGCAUGGCUGUGGUGUUCCCAUCGCGCAGCGUGUUUAAGCUUGUAGUUGUACCCUACAACCGCAAUAUUUCACUGAUCUCUGCGAUCUUGGUAAUUGGUGGAAUACACUCGUUAAAUCAGUUACGAUGAUAUCAUAUCCUCGUGUUUUCUGCUACUAGAUGUUUUCCGUGGAUAUUGUAAGCUUGCAAUGCUCAAAUGCAUUGUAUUGAAUUAAGAUCUAUUAUUUUCAAUUUAAAGGAUGGGUGCAAGUCAUAAUAAAGUUCUGAGUCAAAUGAGGUACAGUGUACGUGUUAGUUAUCGAGAAAGAAGUAAAACUGAAUGUCAGGUCAAGUGUGCAACUGGUACUCAGUGUGAGUACAGUGCGCCAACUACCUUAAAUUGAAACCAAAUGAAACCAUUUCAAAUAAUUUGAAACAUUUUCAAGGCUGUUUAUUGAAUAUUUGAGCAAUUACAUAGCCUACCUCACUCCGGUUCUGUCGUCAGAGUAUAUAUAGACAAUCCAAACAAUGCGAAAAGCGAUUUUCAAAGUUGUAACUUUGACAUUCUACACAUGCACACAGUGAUAAAAAGUCGCAUUUCGCGGUGGUUACACUCUCAGACGUGAGAGAGCCAUUACCCCAAAAAUGGCUAAUAUUUUUUUGGGCAGGAUUAUAGCAAGGUUGAGGUUGCCGAAUAUAUACAAAGCAGAUUAUUCCCUACGCAAUGUUUUCAUUGUUCACCUCGAUCGUUUCACAAUGAUUCCAAAUAUGUGUCUGGGAAACCUUGGUUUCAGUAUAUAUCGCAAAGUGCAGUUUGGAAACGAACUGAGGGAUAGCUGAGAUUAUCGAGGAUAGAUGAGGGAGGAUAGAUGAGGGAUAGAUGAGAUUGUAUCUUAAACAGCACUUCAUUUGUUUAUCACAUUUUAGAGCAAAGUUAAAUCACAAUGCGGCAUUUGUGCAGUUACCAGUCGGUUUAGAGCGAGAACACCAAGGAGUUGUGGAUAUCAUCAGAAGAAAAGCUUUAUACUUUGAUGGAGAAUUUGGGUAAGAAUUAUGAUACAAGUUUAAAAUUCAGCUUGCCCCGUGUGGAUGCACACUCAGAGUAACAUCACAAACAUCAUAUUCACCUUCACGCGCUGGUGUCUAUCGGAAAGGGUAUUUUUUAUAACUCCUUUGACGAAUUUAGUAGGGUAACCAUUGCGUACAAACAAUUGUGUGACUUGCUUCAAUGAUUAUGACGUCACUAAAAUUGGGUGGGAUAACUCACAUGUCUAGUUACUGCUGUUUUGCUAAUGUAAGCAUAGAGUUUGGGUAACAAACCGCGCAGUAAAAGAGGAUGACUACAAUAGAAGUGAUAUAGUGAAGUAAAUAGUACUGCAUGAAUACUGAUAAACGAUAUUACUGUGUUUUAACUUCUCUAAAUUCACUCAUUCGCUUGUUGCCGUCAACUGUCCUCAUGCAGUUUGCCACCCAAAAAUGGCAGACAAGUUCGCAUGGUCGCAUGGCUUGAGAAAGCCUGGGGCCGGUUGUGUAAAAAAGUGAUUGAAGUUAACUGUGAUUAAGUGCAAACGUCAUCCAAUAAGAAGUGCCUAUUUGAGAGUUAAUCAAGAAUCACUAUUUAACUACAAAAUAGUGAUUAAAAAAGUGAUUAAGAGUUUUAUACAACCGGCCCCUGGUAAUUAUAUACCAGUAAUUAUAUACUAGCGUGAUUCAAACGGCGUACAAAAUAUGUUAUUGACAAAGUUGGGGCGCAUUCGCCAGCGAAAUCUAAAUAAAAUUCAAAACAAAUAAGUCUAUUUUUAUACAAGAUGGCUAAUCUAAUAAAUCUAAUACUAGAACAAACUUUGAAAAGUUGAAUUAUAGGUUUGGCACAUGAGUGGUGCGGCGUAUGAAUCAAUGUCGCUCCAACGUCGCACAAUGCGACAAUCUGCCGAACUUGUCUCGAACUUUUGUCGCUCCAAAUUCUGCCGUACUUAAGUUCGGCACGUGAAAUGUACGCCGUCUGUAUCAUUCUGUAAUUUGCUGAAAGGCCUGCUGAUAUGCAACAUGAUACCGAAAUUUAAAUAAUUACUACUCAUGUAUAGAAUAUAAUUGCAGGUAAUAUCCUGUAUACUUAUAGGAACGAUAUAAGGGAAGAGGUUAUUCCUGAAGAUAUGGUAAAAGAAGUUAAUAUUAGGCGAGAGGAAUUGAUUGGUAAGUAUAAUGCACUAGUCAAUGUAAACCCCCGCCCCCCCCCCCCAACCGGGGAGUGGCGGGGAUUUUGACUUAGAGGGGUAGUAAAAGAGCGAAAUUGUCCCCGCCCCAAUUAAUCAAUGUCCCCGCAUGUCUCUCAACCCCGGGAAAAUAGUUUUGUAUAUUUCAUAGUUCAGCAAUAGAAAAUCAAAUUCAGCUUUCGUCCCCGCAUCGUCUACCGAAAUAGAAAAUGUCGUUCAAGUCCCCCAUCAUCGGGGACAUAUUUACAAUCACAACUGACCAUUUUCCUCACUAAAUCCCCCACCCCUCCCCGGUUGGGGGGGGGGGAUUUACAUUGACUGGUGCAUAAUUAUUUCUUGAUGUCAAAUUCCAUUAAGACUGGACGUUCUGUUACCUUGUACUAUAAGGAAAUGAAUGUGGAUUCCCAACUUGAACUGCAUUUGUUUACGUAAAUUUUGUUUCAAUGUAUACACAUUCUAAUUUGACAAUUUACUGUCGAAUUGGUAAGGUGCAGUUUAAGAUAGAAGUUGUCCUUUUUUAGAGACUGUUGCGAAUGUGGAUGAUGGUUUAGGUGAAUUAUUUCUUGAAGAAAUCCAACCAACUGAUGAUCAGUUGAUGGUGAGUUGAUGAGAAAAUGGGUGAUGAGAGAAUGGGCGGGUUAGGAUAAACUCAGUUAAGAAAGUAAUAUCAUGACAAUUGUUGUAAAGAUAAAAUAGUCUAAGCGCAUUUCAUCAUAUCCACAUGUAAAUUUGCGCUAUAGAAAUGCUAAUCGUAAUCGUAAUCGUAAAAUAAGCAAUUGAAUACUUUAAGUUUGAAAAUAUUUUUACCGUAAUCAAAGUUAUUUCUUCAUUUCCACAUUUUAGCAGUGCUUCCACAACCGCUCGUUCAAAAAUCCAUUCACAAUCUCCAAAAUUCCUUUUCCCCCACAAAUUUCCUUGCCACCCAAACGGUGGAAAAAUCAAGAAAAGUCAGGCAAAUUUGAGGCAAAUGUAUCAUAUUAUUCAUGUAGACCUUACGAGAAAUCGAGCAUGGUUUAUGGCAUAGGCUAGGUCAUUACAUUGCCUGAAAAUUUGGGCAAGCUUUCAAGAGUCCCCUUCACAAAAGUAUCUGCUCUACAUAUAUGUUUAUGUUCAUCCAGGGGCGUAGGGUGUAACUGUUUGAUAAUUGUGGAAGGGUCAAAUGGCAGAAGGCGCUGAACGAUUCUCAUAUUCUUCUGUACCUCUUUCGUUAGGCCUACACUAUUUAUAAGUUUAUUUUUACUGGUUUAAGUGGUUUUAUAAAUCCUUGCAAUUUCCUUUAAUUUUAGUAUUUUUCCUUGCCAUUUCCUUAUAAUACUCAUUUCCUUGCAAGGACCAAUAUUUUCUUUCUGCAGGGAAAAGUCCUUGCAAGUGGAAGCACUGCAUUUUAGUUCAUACUUUUGACAGUCUCGUUAUUCUUAAUCCAAUUCCUUAUUCUUGAUCCAUUUAUCCAUUUAUCCUUAGUGGAAAGACUAUUUCCUAGUAAAAGCAGGUUGAUUUUCCGGGAAACGUUUUUCCUUAUGGACUUAUUCCCUAGUGAACAAAAUUUUGAUCUAGACAAGUCUAGACAACAAUUUCACCACAGCUUGAAAGAGCAUCACAACAUUAGUAAUAUUCCGACGUUUCGUGGCGAAAUGUUGUAAAAUGCGGAUAAUAUAGCCCUGCGGAGUUUGCCGUUUUUCAGUCAUUUUGUAUUAUGCUCUUUCAAGCUGUGAUGAAAUUUUUAUCUAGACUUGUCUAGAUCAAAAUUUUGUUCAUUAGGGAAUAGGUCCAUUUCAUUGCCAUUGGGUAACUUGUAUGAAAGCGCACUGUUCGCUUGCAUGCUUUCGGUUAUUAAAUUGAUUCGAUUUUUAGGCUGCCAUUCGACGGGCGACCAUAAAAAGAUUGUUCACACCUGUUUUCGUUGGUUCUGCUCUGAAGAAUAAAGGUGUACAAGUAAGUUACUUUUAAAUACUUGCAUUGUUGAAAAGAUAAUUUUUAUAGUUUAGCGAGCAAAGUUUCCAUUCGAGUUAUUUGCAGAAAAAUGUGUGUGCCCCACAACGUAAGUAGAAACAAGUUUCAAAUUUACAAACAAUGGUGUGACCCCUAAUAUUUCUAGCCCUUUGCAGGCAUGCAUUUUUUGUUACAUCCAAGGUACCGUAUACUGUACGUUGCACGUAUAAAACAUCCCAUCACCAACCGAUGCUUCUAAAUUAUAUGGGUAGUAUAUGAAAAGGGAAUUCGGGCCAGUUGAGACACCAUCGAAACGUCACCGAGCGGAGCGAGGUGCAUGGGCCGGUACCCCAUUUUCAUAUACUACUCAUAUCAUAUAUGCUAGUAUGUAGAUACGGCAGUGUUAUAUUUAAUAAAAUUUGAACAAGAGUUCUCAGUAAAGCUUUCCUUUUAGCCUUUACUGGAUGCAGUUCUAGAUUAUUUGCCGAGUCCCCUUGAUGCGGAGAAUUUUGCUCUAAAUGCAGAAGAGUGAGUACAAUUCUGUAACAUAAUACAGCACUUAUUUUCAACACAGUUAUGUUUUCCUUAUAAUAUAAAGCCAUGUACAUACACUAAAAUACAGUAAAUGUGUUGAUUUAUUUAGUGCAGAGAACAAAAUCUUGAUGGAUUCUUCUGCUGACAGUUCAAGUCCUUUUGUUGGCUUAGCAUUUAAACUAGAGGUAAAGAAAAUUACUGAUUUACAAUCCAGGCCAAAAUUCAUGUGGACACUUUAUCCACUUUGCAAAAAUCAUAACAAACAGCUAAAACCAAUCUUGAACCCUGAACCUGCAAUCCUCUGUGGAGGCUUUCUGAGGCUCUGGGAAACACCAGCAAAAAUCGGGCUCUGAUUGGUUGUUUUUCAACUGUUCGUACCCAUUUCUUUAAAUUGAUUCCGUGCUAAUUAUUAUUCAAACUGUGAGUCUAUUUAGUGAUUCAAACAUAUUUUAAUUUGUAAUAUAAAGUUUAUUUCUGUUUAUGUAUUAUGUUUAAACAUAUCAAUGAAACACACAGUAUAACUUUAAUAAACUUACUAAGUUGUUUCCUUCGCUUCUCAUAUAAAAUCAAUAGACUUUUCUGAUAUUAUACCGAUAACACACCAAUAAACCAACACCAUAUAUACAAGGUCAUGAUAAGCCGUUGCUUGUAAUAUUUAUUAUUAUUAUUUAUUUAAAAAUUCCUGUUUUCUGAUUGCCUAACAGCCAACUGUGGAAUUGUCAUAUCAACUCAAUGGCUAACCAAAUACGGAUUUUUCACAUUUAUAUUAGCAAAAUGACGUCAAAGAGUCAAUAUGAAAAAAAUUUGGACGCGUUUGCGCCAUAUUACUAUGACGAUGAGAAUCAUAUUGACUCGCUGACGCCAUUGAUAUGACGGAAUGACGGCUGCCGAAGGACUAAGGAAUUGUUUUUUUCUUAAUACAAAUAAAAUACAAAUGUUUGUUUUGAAUUUUUUAAAUAAAUAAUAAAACAAUUAUUGAAUUCGGUUUUCGCACAAUAUGAAGAAUUAUCAAGCCCUCAGUUUGCCGUUAUCAACCUCAGCCUUCGGCUUCGGUUGAUAACGGCAAACUUCGGACUUGAUAAUUCUUCAUAUCGUGCUCAACCUCAUUCAAUAAUUGUUAAAUAUCAAAAUCGGCAUUACUCUCAAAGCUAGCAACACAACAAUCCAUGAUUUACCGUAAUUAAACAAGUUAAAUAAAUCACUACCAGUAUCUUAUCAUGUAUCAUGGCAAGUGUUCUUUGAAGAAUUAAAGUCGUAAUAAGCUUGAACAACGGCAUAAUUCAUGUUUGACGGCAGCAAUGUCUAUUUAUAAAUGUCGAGCGGAGUACUGGAUCCAAAUGUACUGAUGUUCCUGCAAAAUUCGCUGGUUUUUCCCAGAGCCUCAGCAAGCCUCCACAGAGGAUUGCAGGCUCAGGGUUCGAGAUUGAGCUAAAACAAGAUUUUACACACAUAUCGCCCACUCCCCCCCCCUCAUUGUUGCAUAUCCACAUUAUCUACACUUGUUAUUUUAUGAAAAAUUCUAUUCAACAUUGACUUGGGGAGAGGGGGAUAUUUAUUUAGAGAAUGCAUGCAUUCGAGGCCAAUGUCGGUGGGUUGUCCACAACAUUUUGGCCAGGAUUGUACAUAUAACCAAAAGCGCUAAAGCAGAAAUUUCAGGGGCCAUUUAAAUUCCUCUGUUCGUAAUUGCACUCAUUUAUUUUUAUUUUUAUCCAUAAUCAAUAAGGUCAGUAUUAAAGUAUUUUUUACCGUCAAAAAUACUGGAAGUAUGAUAAAACACCAUUUUGUGAAGGGUUUUUGUCCAUAUGAUGUAACAGUCUGUGUCAUGGUUGGGUAAAAUUUUACUUCCAAUUAAGCGCAGUUGCAUAUUUUGUGAUGAAACAAGGUGUCCCAAAAAAUGCCUACGUUAGCUUUAAUAUUCAGUUUUUUAAAUACUAGAUUUAAUAACAAACAUUUGGCCUAUCGAAGUAACUAAUUGUUUGCCUUCUAGACCAAUAUUCCGACUUGUCCAAAUUCCGGACAUUAGGAUAAAAUUAAUUAUUAUAAAAUAAAUAAAAUUAAAAGGGAUCAUCAAAGAAAAUGGCCAUCUGUCUGCUCGUAGGCUGAUGAUUUGUGUUCUCUAAUAUCACGAUUCCGUUGAAUGUAACAUUGACGAAACUGAAGCAGAUGCAAGAGCAAAUACUAGAAAAUGCCAUGAAAAUGCUGUUUUUGGACAAAAAUUAUGGAAAACAGCAAAUUCAGGGUAAUUCCCAUCCCUAAUUCCUAUACAGUCUGUAUAAAAACCUAAAUCUUGUAUGAAACGUAGUAAUAACACAAAAUAUGGUGGGAAGAGGAAGCAUUUUUUGGGGCAUGCACCCUGCACAGCCAACGUAUGACAUCAUAUUAUGUCGUGCAUACAUGUAAUAUGUAUUAUGCAUUUAAUUACUUUUUAUUAUACAGUAUGUACAACUAAACAGAAAUGAAGGAGCAUUGAGAAAAAACACACGUGUGUAAUGUUAUAGUAUUUCAAAUGCUGUAUAUUUGUCACAAAACGGUUGUACUCUAGUAUUUUUAUCUUCUUAGGCUGGCAAAUAUGGUCAGUUGACUUACGUAAGGGUGUACCAAGGUGUUCUGAGAAAAGGAACAUUCAUUUUAAACACAAGAACAGGAAAACGUGUUCGAGUUCCGAGGAUUGUGAGAAUGCAUAGUGACGUCAUGGAGGUAUUUGAAUUGUGGACUUAAACCAUCACAACGCCAUUCCAUCUCUUCCUGUGUCUGCUGCAAUAGAAAAUGCUUUUUUGCCCAUCAGGUCUAAUGAGUAUGUAAUUAUUUCGAAAUCAUCAUUUUCUAUCCGUAAUGUUACUUGAUUUCGUCAGAAAGAGAUUUCAUAUUUUCUUAAUAAUAAUAAUAAUAAUAAUAAUAAUAAUAAUAAUAAUAAUAAUAAUAAUAAUUCUCUAAAACUUACACGGUUUGUCAUGGGAUUCUAAGUAUUCCAGCAUUUGUGAUGAGCAUAACAUACAUAGUUUUGCCUAUUUCAAUAAAGUAUCAGGCCGUUCGAGGUUCCUUCGCGCGCACACUUAGUAUUCAGUGUAUCACUAUCAGCAAUAGAUCCACCCCUGCUUGAGGAGAUCCACAAAUAUUCAUUAUAAACUGCAGCGUUAAAACAUCCAACAAAUUGUUGAAAUACUUUCUUCAUCCUGAAUAUGAAUUGUUGGUGAAUUGUUGUAGGAUGUGAGUGAAGUAAAGGCAGGUGAUAUAUGUGCGUUAUUUGGAGUGGACUGUGCUUCUGGGGAUACUUUUACAGCUGAUGGAGCAACGAAAGUUUCAAUGGUAUAAAUAUGUCGUGUACUGUAUAUCUAUGUAUUCAGCCCAGUGAACUCCAUAUAUAUCUGGAGCGAGAACUUGAGUCCAAAAAGUGAAGCCAAGAUGGCGGAAAGUAUUGAAUUGACUCUUUUGGCAAUUUACUUUUGAUUCUUUUUGCCAUUAAUGUUGUUGUCUACACCGAUGCCCUCAAAUCCCACCAAGUAUUUAUAGACAUUCACACUGGCAUCUUCGCCAGCCAUGAUAACCUGACCUUAUACAACGCAAACAUGUAAAAACACCUUUAUCAACCAAUGUUAAUGUUUUUUUAGGAGCCGAUAUUUGUUCCUGAUCCUGUUAUAUCUCUUGCUGUGGAGGCUCGAAAUAAGGUGUGUUCAUUGUGCGCCCAUCCGCACCUUGACGUCAUCAAGUCAGUCGAUUAGCCUAUCAAGUAAAGGUGUAUGGGCCUAUAGUUGUAUUUUUCGCAACUGCUCCUGGUUAGGGCCAAAAAAAAAGUGGGUUUCCGGUUUCUUCUUAUUAAAAACUUAGGUAGAGUAGGUCGGUUUUAACUUUUUUUUUUAACUUUUUUUUUAAUUUUCCUAACAACCGGACGCCAUUUUGUUUAGUCAGUGCUUCCACAUCCAAAGAUAAAUUUCCCUAAUAUUGCCUCAAAUUUCAAUUUUCCACAAACUUUUUCCACUAAGUGGAAACACUUACAAGCAUGAUCCAAUAAAAAACUUUAGGGUCGUAUUUCGACGUCCAAAAGCUAGAUAGGGUUGGGAAACCGGAAACCCACAUAUUUUUUUUUGCCUAGGUCUAAAAUUGUAUAAAAUUCACACUCGAAAUUUCCAUCUACAAAAUCCUUCUACAAUGUCAAGUAAAGGCCCUAGGUUUAAACUGACUCGUACCAUGCCACCUCGUUUUGCAAACCUAGUAGGUAAUGUCUGCAUCUCAUAAUUAUCUGCAACGUUGUUGAGAAAUAGUUGGCAAGGAAUCAGCACAAGAAAAAAGUUUGAAUACUGAAAGCGAUCAUCAUUUUCAUUCUUGCCUGUGUGUUUGAUCUUUUUAAGAAACAGAAAAUGCAUUGUGUGACUAUAUACCAUAGGCUUAAUCAUAUAUUAAGUUUUUCAAAAAAAUGUUCUCACUUGAAAAUUAUUUCUCUUAUACCUAUUUGCAUGACGAAAUGAUAGGGAAUUCUGGCUGAUUGAGAGACAUUGAUUCUGAUUAACUAUUGUACUGCAGUUCAAUAGGAGUGGGGACUAGGAAUGAAUUUGCGGAAAAUAUACAUCCCCAGGAGACGACGGAACAAGGAUGUCAAAAUGCUGGUUCAACGGAGUGUGUCGAUUUCCAGUUUUUAGUGCAGAGUUUCUUUGAAACUGUGCACUAUUGUGAUGAGUGGCGAAAAUUCACAUCUGUCAUACAUCAGAUAUCAUAGAGUAAACUUUCCGGGGGGUGUAUACGAUUUAUCGUCGUGGUGAUUUAUUCUACUUAGUCAGUGCUUUGAAAGUUAUUUAGGCAAUUUCAGUUGUCUUAUUUAAAUACUUAUUUUGUCCUUUUGCCAAGUUCGCAAAAAUUUCCAGGAAUUGUUGUUAUUGCAAAUUUUUGUCAAUUUUAUAACAUUUGCUUCUCCGUGUUGUGUGAAAGAUCUUUCCCCCGGAACACCCAUUUUUUCUUUAGCAGCGCAAAUGCGCAUGUGCUAUCAAGCUGUAGAUCACGAUGGCGUGACGAAUGACGAUGCUAGGGAGGAGCGACACUGCCGAACAGUGUUGUUUUCAAAUUAUAAACAUUUUUAUAAACGUGAAUAUCGAGUAAAUCUUUGAGAAUCUACGCAAUAUAUAAAUUGAUGUUAUGACUUAUGCAUUAUGGGACAUUCAAUUAAGUACCGAUAUUAUUUUGACGGUAUAUUCAAUUUCAAUAUACAAAGCUAGGAAGCAGCGAGACAGUGUUGUUUUGUCUUUUGAAAUGUAUGAACAUUUCAGGCAUGAAUAUUGAGAAAAUCUUUGAGAUUCUACGCAAUAUAUAAAUUGAUUUUUUGCAUUACGGGCAUUCUAUUAAGUGCCGACGGUAUAUUCAUUAUACAGAGCUAGGAAGCAGCGAGACCGUGUUUUCAAAUGUAUAAACAUUUCAGACAUAAAUAUUGAGAAAAUCUUUGUUUACGUGUAUAGCACAACGGUGCAAACUCGUGUUCAGUGCAACGAAAACUCUACCAGAUCUUACGAGAAUCUAUCUGUAUCAAAGCUUGUCAAAACUGCUAUAUAAACACUGCAAUAACUGUGAAACUAUUGAAAUCUAAAGUUACAUUAUUGAAUACAUGCGAAAAGCUGAAAAUGACUCAUGAAACAACAACGUGACCUUCGAAAUAUAUCAAAGGUCAAUAAAUGAGACUUGUUAUUGUGAACACGUCAUAAUUAGAUUAAAAUGCGGAAAGCGGAUGCGGAUUCACGGAACGGAUAUGGGGAUAAAAUGCGGAUGAAAUGCGUCAUUUUAAUGAGUUUUUCGCCUCUUAUUUACGUUUCUAUGUUUUAGAUUUAUGUUCCUUUUUUGUAAUGGAAUACAACGUCCUAGUGCUUAUUAUUCAUAACAUAUCUUAUACAGCUAUUUUCUCAAGUUGUCACUGAGACAAAAGCCAAAGUGUACAAUAUGGGCGCUAAAAGGAUGGUGGGAAUAAUCACAGAUUUAAACAAGUCACCUAGGUUGCCGGCGACCCUAUAUAGUGUCGUUUUCAAUUGGAAACUUUACAACAUUAUAACAGAAAUUAUGCCUUGUGACUAAUAUUAUAUGAGGAAAUAAAUAAUAUUACAUAACUCUCGUCAUUCUUUAAUCUUAAAGUAUUAGAUUUAAACCAGAUCUUAGCAUUUUUACUGUUGUAACAGUCACGCGCGCUACUACUGUACGUCAUAUCGACAUGUGAUUAAAGCUAUAAACCACGCUUGAAAAACUAUUCAAUUAAUAAGUAUGUCAAUAUAGCGUUCGUCUUUGAAACUCUGCACUAUCCUUGGAUCCCUAGUUCUUUCAAUAAUUUCUUAAUAAUAUCUUUUUAAACACUUGAACAUAAUUAACACAGUAAAUAUUCUCGUCUCUUCAUGGUGCCAUGCUACCCAAACAAUCGAUGUCGCCCGCGCAAGUGAAAGUUAAGAAUUUAUCAAAUCGCACUCAUCCCAGUCAUGGUUCAAUUUUGGCACAAUUUUCAGCCCCCUUUCUUCUGUUGAUUUUUAAUUGAACUCGACAUCACAUGAUUACCCUUUACGUAUUAUAGAACGACCUGGACGCAUUCUCCAAAGCGAUCAACAGAUUUACAAAAGAAGAUCCAACUUUCAGAGUACAUUUUGACGACGAGAGUAAGGAGGUAUAGUAUAGCAUAGUCAAUAGAAUAAGAAGUUUAGGGAACUCAAUGUAGACAUAAUAGCCCUCAUUAGUCAUUAUCUAAGUUUUUGUCUUGGUUUAUGCAAGAAAUGGUCGAUUCAUCGUCACAUGUGUAUUGUAUUUUCGCUAGAGCAACCAAUAGCUAUGUUUUCAUAUAACCAUUGUGUAAUAUCACGACUGGGUAAUUAAACCAACACACUACUGUUGGUUGGUUGGUUGGGAUGAAAAAACAAUACACACGUGACGAUGAACCGACUAUUUUUACUGCCUAAACCAAGACAAAAGCAUAGAUAAUGAGGUCUAUUAUGUCUGUAUCGAGUUUCCUAACCUUCUUAUUUUAUUUACUAUGGUAGUACAUAUCAAUGUCUUGGAUAGUGAUGGAUACUAUUAACUGAUGCCAAUCUUAUGCUGUCAUCUUACUAUGUUUAAGAUCGUUUAAACUAUGAUUACACUAGUUUUUGUGCCUCUAUCUAGACCAUCAUAUCAGGCAUGGGUGAGCUACACUUGGAGAUAUAUACAGAGGUGAAGAGUGAAUCAUUUGAUUAUACGAAUAAGUAGCAUGCAAGUACGAUUAAUUUGAUAAUAUAGAGAAGUCCAGAUUUGAAUUUCGCUAAAGCUACCAUUGACCAAUCAGAUGCGUUUAAUCUACCCGAUUAACCAAUCAAAUGCCAGUGGGAGGUAGUGGUUAUUGAAGUCAAAUCUGAACCUCUCUAUUAUAUUGUCGUCACCGUAAGACAUUUGUGAUGUGUUCUUUGGCAAUCAUGAAUCCACAAAGAGUCCAUAUUUUUUAAUAAUAUCGUCAAAUUAUAUGAAUUUGUCAAUAUACACCUACAGUAUAACACCAAAAACACAGCAUUAUAAUACCGCUCACAGUAAUUCGUAUAAUUUUCUAUAAAUAUUGUUUUAGAGAAUGAAAACAGAAUAUAACUGUCCUGUGAUUUCUGGCAAACCAAAAGUAGCUUUCAGAGAGACUAUUGGCAGUUCUAUUGAGUAAGUAUUGGGAAAAUAUUUAUUUGAUGAAAAUUGCUGUUGUUGGAGUCGCCAAUCUCUAAAAGAUAAAUUGUUGCAGUGGCAUCAACUUGGCAACCUAAUAAUACCUCAUUUCCUUAUUCAAUGCUUUUCAGUUAUUAUGCAUGACGGUUGUUAUUAACAAAUAGAUUACAUUUUUCCGUUGUCUGUACAGUUAUAGAUACUUAUGUGAUGUCAUAACAUGGUAAGAACAAAAAGGUGACUCACGAGCCAGCGUCAUCCAUGCGUCUGUCGUUUAAUAGACCAUGGCUCUCAAGUGUUCUAACCAUGAAUGAAAAGGCAAAUUAUUAUGUAAACAUAAAUAGACAUUAUAUUAAUAAAAUUACAGCUGCACGACUAUCGAGAACUAAAAUGACUUCUGUAAAGGGUUGUUUUCUCUUGUGUUUAUAUGAGAAAAUUUCAUCCUACAAUUUUGUUGUUUGACUGUUGUUAAAAAUAGCUCGCGGCGGCAUCUUUGAACUUUCAUCCCCGCAACUGGGCCAGCCCGCUUGUGAGUGUUUAUAUGAAGAAAUUUUCAUCCCGGUGUAAGCGAGAUAUCGCCUCUUUCAAGGGAGAUCUCAGCAACCGGGCCAGGUCGCUUGUCCAUAUAAACGCACGGUAAUUUUUACGAAAAAAAUAACAAGGAUUCUGUCGGAUGGAUUCUCGACAUCUCUUCCAUUCUUUCCCAGCCUAAUACCAAAUUUCUCAUAUCUGACGCCACAAAAAGAGACAAGUUUUAAUUAGUUUUAUUUUGCUUUUAUCAGGUUUGAUUACAUCCACAAGAAGCAAAGUGGAGGCUCUGGGCAAUAUGGACGUGUGAUUGGAAAAGUUGAGGUAAUAUUUUUCGCUUAUGACACGAAAGUGAACUCGACAUUGCAGAACUUGACCGCACAACAACUCCAAUCCUUUGGACAGUACAAAAAAAAGCUCGAAUAGUUUACCCAGAACUUGUAGUGUCGUGGCCACCACGCUUGUCUUUCAAGUUGGGAGACACGGGUUCAAUGCUUGGUUGCACCUCUACCCAAGGUCUUAAAUCAGGGUUCGUAGCGGUCUUUCAAAUCCUUGAAAGUCUUUAAAUUUGAAUGCAGGUUUUUAAGGUCUUUGAAUUGUGUGAAAAAGCGAAGAAAGUCUUUAAAAGUCUUUAAAUUCUUUAGUGAAUAUUUGAUUAUACGAUUUCCUAGCUAAUAAAAUAGAUUGAUUGAAGCAAGAUUUUCGCAAAUAUCGACGAAAAGGCGCAUUUUAGGAUGUGAUUUGACGGGACUAAUUAUCGGGUAAAAAUCGUACUUACACUUGCAAUUUUUCGACAGCUGUUUGCUCUCAAAGGUCUUCGAAAAGUCUUUCAAAAUAGGCAGAAAAAAAUCUUUGAAAGUCUUUGGAUUUUUUUGGUCUUGGAGACUACGAACCCUGUAAAUAGUUGAGGAGAAAGUGCCACCUUUACAUUGACAUCAGUAAAUGGUUAGACUUUCGCGUCUUCUUGGAUAAGGACGUUAAAAUUGUAGCUACCUCUGGGGGAAAUCCGCUCUUCCUGUUGGGAAAUCCGCUCACCAACGAGUGAGAAACUCAAUAAACAAUAAACCCUAUGCAUAACAAGAGCUCGAAAUAGCGACCUUUUAUCAAAUAAAGAUGUUCUUUCGUCAAAUCAACCGGGAGACUCUUUCUUCUCUUAUACAUAGCUAGCACCGCUAUGUAUAGAUGCAUGGGUGCCACAUCUCUGGCCACUUUUUGACCACUUCUACGUCGUUCCAAGGCUUUUCUCUUAAAUGUUGAGGGAAGAUGUAAGAUUUGGUUUUUCCAAGGAGGUAUAGUAGAAUAAAGUAAAGAGAUUGAGAACGAUGUCUGUACCACCUGUUUACCUACCAUAUUAUAGACCUAGACAUGGAGAAAUAAAAAUUUUAACAAAUUUCAAAUCAACGAGGAAUGUGUUUAGUGUAACUUGCUGUAUAAUAGGAAUUUUAGUAAUGGUUAUUAUCAUAGGAACCUGAGAUGUUCUUUUUUCCUUUAGCCUUUACCGGAAGAAGAAUACACAAAAAUAGAAUUUGACGAUGCAACAAUUGGAAUGAACAUUCCAAAAAAUUUUAUUCCUUCUAUUGAAAAGGUAGGAGAAUUGUAAGGUAAGGUAAGGUAAGGUAAGGUAAGGUAAGGUAAGGUAAGGUAAGGUAAGGUAAGAUAAGAUAAGAUAAGAUAAGGUAAGGUAAGGUAAGGUAAGGUAAGGUAAGGUAAGGUAAGGUAAGGUAAGGUAAGGUAAGGUAAGGUAAGGUAAGGUAAGGUAAGGUAAGGUAAGGUAAGGUAACUUUAUUUAUCCACGGUGUACUCAUCAGGAUUAAGAUUACAUACAUAUAGCUAUAUAUAUAAAUAAAUCUACAAAAUUAUGCAUAAAACUAAUAACACACUCACACGUCAAACAGAACAGUGAGAGAAAAUAAUGGAGUGAAGUGAUUGGGACGGCAGGCAAUGCACUACAAUUGCAAACGAACGAACUAGUUAGUCAGACUAACUUGUAUGCAUUGUUCGACUGUUUGUAUGCUUUUAUACACAGAGGAAUAGACCUUGAAUGCAUAAUGACGUCAUUAGGCGAUGCGCGCGGUGAAUUCUGGUCUUAGUAGCCACGGCGGCAGUCAGGGCCGGAUUAACGUUCCGCGGGGCCCGUGGCAUAUUAUCAUCGCGGGGCCCCUUGACCCCAACGGCAUUUUAGACACUGAAUUCAGUCAGAUUAAAAAAAUAUUCUGUUCUAUUUCAUGCGUUGAAAAAUUUCGUUUUGUAUUUAGAAAAGAAAAAAUAAUUAUACAUCAAUGAUUUGAUUGAUUCCGAAAUUCAACCCAGUUUGUACCAUUAACAUCAUUAUUAUUUACAGAGAAAAAAUAGCUAAACAUGAUAGCGUCCAUGUAAACUUCUGCCGUUUUCCACAAAAUUCAGCAAUCUAGUAUUUAACAGUUUACUGCAAAUUUUAAAAUUUUCUGACCCCUAUGAUUUUUUGGCCUCGCUUUUUGGAGCCCGUUGCCCAAAGAAGUAACAAAAAAAUUUGUUUGCGGCCCUGCUUUUGGAACCUCGUUUAAAAAUUAUGGAGCCUCGUUUAAAUUUUCGGGAACUUGGGCUCUUUGGGGCCCCGCACUGGCGCACUGUUUGGGCCCCGCGCUGAAACAGGGAAAAAAACGUUUGGGACCCCGCUUUUUGGGGCCUCGCUUUUUAAAUUUUGGCGGACUUUGGCUCUUUGGGGGCCUUGGACUCUUUGGGGCCCCGCGCUGUUUGGAUCCCGCGCUGAAACAGGGAAAAAAACGGUUUGGGGCUGCGCUCUUUGGUGUCUAGAUUUUUAAAUUUUGAGGUCUGACAUCUUUCUAGGGACCUUGGGCUCUUUAGGGCCCCGCACUGUUUGGGCCCCGCGCUGAAACACUGAAACAGGGGGAUAAAAGUAUGUGUACGUUUGGGGCACCGCUUUUUGAGGCCUUGCUUUUUAAAUUUGGGUGGACUUGGGCUCUUUGGGGCCCCGCACUGGCGGACUGUUUGGGCCCGCGCUGAAACACUGAAACUUGGAACAAAAAAACCCGUUUGGGGUCCCGCUUUUUGGGGCCUCGCUUUUUAAAUUUUGGGUGACUUGGCUCUUUGGGGCCCCCACUGGCGCACUAUUUGCAUGGGCCCCACGCUGAAACAGGAAACAAAAAAAUCGGAUUAAAAUAGAAGAGAGUGAGCGCGGGGCCCCCAAAAGCGCGGGGCCCGCGGCAUAUGCCGCUUCUGCCAUAUGGUUAAUCCGGCACUGGCGGCAGUCCAGCAUGGCUCGUAUAGGUGAGUGUACUGAUGUUCGUGGUCGUAUUUUAAAGGCUGUUCAAGGCGAUCAACACCCUAGUUCUCAGAACUCUUGCACAGGUCUUCAGAGUAACGAAAGUAACGGCAACAGUCCGCUUUCAUCGACCAGUACGACAAUUCUUUCAGUCAUACUCGAUGAAAGCGGACUGUUGCCGUUACUUUCAGGGAUAUCUAACCUCUGAAGACCCAUGCAUGCAAGAGUUCUGAAAAGAACUAGGGUGUUCAUUGGCUUGAACAGCCUCUAAAAGACGACAAAGAAUAACAGCGCACACUCACCUUCUACAGUAGCCAUGUUGUUUGUUGGGUAGUUUUUCCCGCGAUGAAUACUAAGACCAGAAUUCACUGCGCGCAUCACACCUAAUGACGUCAUUAUGCAUAAGGUCUAUUAUCAGACGAACUACCUUUCUUUGCCCAAGUUCAUCCAGACGGAUCGUCCAUCCCGAUGUGUCUAUACUGGAUCAUCUGCCGGUCAGACGAAUGAUACGUCAUGACGGAUGAUCAGUAUGCAUCUGGCGCAUUAUUAGAAGUACAAGCAGACAUUACUAUAUAAGAUCCAUGUAGGGAUAUUUAUUUUAGAAAACGUUUUAAUAUAUUUACCAUCGAAAUUGAGUAAUUUUGCGUUGUGGAAAACACCACGACUAUUUACUUACCAAUAAAUUUGUAUGCCCUUUUCAUCGGUGCAAAUAAUAUAAAAGCAAUGCGAAAUAAAUGAUCGUUGUCUUUUUCACAAUUAAAAUGCCAAUUACCUUUAUCACCAUGCAAACCUACACAGGGAACAUUUACAGUUCAGUGAAAGAUGUGUACAUGCAGUAUGCACAUUCGGCAAUAUAAAUCAGUAUGCACUAUCUGUUAAUACGGCCUGGUUCUUUUUCAUUUAUACAUUUUUGUUGUAGGGAUUUUACGAAGCAUGCGAUAGAGGACAUUAUUCAGGUCAUAAAAUUUCUGGUGUAAAGUUCGUUCUCAUUGAUGGUAAGUUAUCAUUUGGGUGCUGUUAAACUACAUGGGCUUUUAUACUAUAGUGAAUAUUAAAAGCGAUCAUGUGACAAAAAAUAAACCAAUCAGAUGGAUUUAGUCAAACAUAGUGUAAACAAAAAACUGUAAAUCGCAUUACAGAAUAUAUUUAAUACAAAUAUACAGAAAAGUACAACAAAUACACAAAAUAUAUAAAACAAAUAUGGAAUAAGGUGAGAAUUUAAUUAAAGUACUGUCAAUAUCUACUUUUGACAAUUGACAGGCAAAGACAGAUAGAGCUAAACAUAGGAAAAACGUUUAUUAAUGCCAUACGGGUGGACAGUGCCAAGUUUGGAAAUGAGGCGCAUUUCAUGUCUUUUACCGAUUUGCGGCUAUCAUUACUUCCAGAAAUGGGACAGAGGGCUCGAAUUAUCAUAUCUGAAACACUGUGAUUGCCAUUAGCAUCAUUAAUGACUGCACAUCAACGAUGCUCACCAAAUCUUGUCCUCAAAGAUCUUGCAGUUUCCCCAAUAUAAAACAUGCCACAUCUACUGCAUGAGAUGCAGUUGACGAGAUGGGAGGAGGUGCACGUAAAAUGAUGCUUUUGACAUGGUAUUGAGAUUUUGGUGCCGAAAUGGUGGUAGCAGAAUUUUUCUUGUUAUUGGCCCUACCUACACUGGUACAAGCUAUGUAAACGGUAAACCUUAACCUAUUAGCUACAAUAGACAACCAAAAACAAGGUUCGAUUCCCACCGUGGCCAGGCAUAUUUUUCAAGCUUGCCCGGUGUGGAUAUACACUCAGAGUAGCAUCACAAGCAUCAUAUACUGAAAUCGUUUUCUUCAAUUUCUAUUUUGUGUACCAUAGAAUUUCACGUUAUUUACAAAUAAUUCCUUGCAACAGGUGGGGCUCACGCAGUCGACUCCAGUGAUAUCGCGUUUCGUAUGGCUGCUAUUGGUGCAAUGAGACAAGGUAAAGCAGGCAUGUUGAAAUAUCCUAUGGGAAACCACUCGGCUGUACUCAGUGUAGGAAACUAGAAAAAGCAGGAAUCUAACCCAUGAUAUCAGAGGGUCGGACGCUCACUCUGACGGAUGCGCCCCCAAAGCCAUUCGAGAUUGUUUCGUAUAAAGUGACGUGGCUUUUAUAUAUGUAAUUGUUGAUGGGAUUUGUAGAUGAAAAUUUCGAGUGGAAUUUUUUAUACAUUGAUUAAACAGGGUUCGUAGCGGUCUUUGAAAUCCUUGAAAGUCUUUAAAUUUGAAUUCAGGUCUUUGAAAAGUCUUUGAAUUGUGUGAAAAAGCGAAGAAAGUCUUUAAAAGUCUUUAAAUUCUUUAGUGAUUAUUUGAUUAUACGAUUUCCUAGCUAAUAAAAGAAAUUGAUUGAAGCAAGAUUUUCGCAAAUAUCGACGAAAAGGUGCAUUUUAGGAUGUGAUUUGACCGGACUAAUUACCGGGUAAAAAUGGUGCUUACACUCGCAAUUUUUCGACAGCUGAUUGCUCUCAAAGAUCUUUGAAAAAGUCUUUGAAAAUAGGCAGAAAAAAUCUUUGAAAGUCUUUGAAUAUUUUUGGUCUUGCAGACUACGAACCCUGUUAAACCUAACCAGGAGCUGUUUCGAAAAAUGCAACUAUCGACCCUCUGACAGGACUCGAACCUGCGAUUCCGGUGCAGCGCUCUAACCAACUGAGCUACAGAGAGACAGUUGUCGAGCUCUAACCACAAGUAUAAAUGUAUAAAAAUUCCACUAGAAAUUAAUUUUCCAUCCCUUCAACAAUUAGCUAUUUCGAGUGAGAUGCCCAAAAUUUUGAUAUUUACCCAUACACCGUAGUAUUUAUACGUAAACUUAAUUGUAGUUAGAGCUCGACAACUGCAUGUCUCUCUGUUGCUCAGUUUGUUAGAGCGCUGCAUCGAAAUCGCAGGGCCGCAGAUUCGAAUCCUGCAGAGGGCCGAAACUGCUUCUGGUUAGGGUCUAAUAAGUGUAUAAAAAUACCACUCGAAAUUUCCACCUACAAAUCAUUUCGUAUUUGUCUAUUUCAGCAAUCAUGUUUCGCUCGCUACUCUGGUUUAAAUAAAUGAUUACAAAGCCCAGUCGAAUUGUAAUCAAGACCCAACGUUUCGACACUCCAGUCUAGUGUAAUUUAUUUAAACCAGAGUAUAGCGAGCGAAACAUGAUUGAUAUACCUGGUUGCAGUGAACGAACAAACUUUAUAUUUCAGCAAUGUCAUCAAGUUCUGCUGUUAUUCUUGAACCAGUAAUGAGUGUCGAAGUCAAUGCUCCUAUGGAAUUUCAGGUAUAGACCAGUCUUAUUGACUAGUUUAGACACUUAUUUAUCAUUGUACGGGCAUUAUUUUCUAGUUGCCGGAACAAUAGCCUGAUUCCUGUGAACACUCUGGUUCAAAUUUUCCUGGUUAACCUAGAAGUUACCCUACUAUUCCUGGGCCGGUUGUGCAAAGGUGGGUUAGUGCUAACCCUGGGUUAAAAUUUAACCCCCUGUUUUGGUUUGUGUAGUUCUGCACGUUUUUUUAUCUCAAAACGUCAGAGAAGUGAACUCCUAUCGAUCCAGACAAGAUCUCUGAAGAAAUAUGUCCAAAUUUAUAGACAAGAUGUCAGGAAGUUUGCUUUGAAUAUUAGAUUAACCUAGGGUUAAGCUAAUCUAGCUUUGAACAACUGGCCUCUGCAUGUCUGUUUAUUUCAAAACUUCAGAGAAGUGAACUCCUAUCGAUCCAGACAAGAUUUCUGAAGAAAUAUUUCCAAAUUUAUAGACAAGCUGUCAGGAUGUUUGCCUUGAAUUUUAAGUUAACCUAGGGUUAAGCUAACCCAGCUUUGAACAACUGGCCCCAGGUAUAUAAGUGAUUUUAAAUCGUUUAAAAAUUCACAUGCAUGCGUUAUAUGCUGAGUUAUAAAGGAGAAUGUUUAUAAAGCAUACUUAUAUGCAGUUUUCCAAAUGACGAUGUUGGAUAAAAACACAUAAAUUAUCAAAUAUUUGGUAGCUCAUUAUGUAAAGUGUGACGUAAAUUUGUUUGCAAUGCAUGUGAGCAAAACUGAAUUAUCUCGCCAAGAAUGGACGUAAACGAAAAUCUGCAAAACAAGUUACUUUACAGUAUUGACUAUUCUUUCAGAUGGGACAAUAAAAAAUUCGUGUUUAAUUUGAUCAGCCCUAAGGGUACGAAGCAUCAAAUCAUAGUUUUAGCUAGUUGAUGUUUUAUUUUUCUUAGGGUUCAGUAAUAGCUGGACUAAAUCGACGGAAUUGUGUAAUAACAGGAACAGACGGUAGUGAAGGAUACUUCACAUUGUACACUGAGGUAGGUUAACUUUAAAGGCCCGUUUACACAUUGCUGCAAUUUUAGGUGCGGUUUUCUUCUCCUGAUGUAUGUGAACGAGUGGAUGAGUUAGGAAUGUUUAAAUGAGUGUACAUAUAAUUAGACAUUUAUAACUUAUUUACUCGUUCACAUCCAUCAGAAGAAGAAAAUCGCAACAAAAAUUGCAAGUGUAAACGGCGGGGCCUUAAGUGUGUGGGCGGAGAUUGCUGUAUUAACCUGGGCUUAUAAACUACGACCGGCCAUUUUAUGAUUUUUAUCAUAUCAAUGAUAGACGCUGGUCAUAGUCUGUAUCAAUAAGCAAUAUUACUAACGUCGAGCAGGGACGUUUCUUUACAGUAUUUGUCUCCCAAGCAUUAUUCAUGUUUCCACAUUGCGGUUACUAAAAUGUGGCCAAAUUUCACUUAAAUCUAUCAGCAUUGCCUAGACCUCUGGCCUAGACCUAGUGUAUAGUAGCUUAUUGUUUGUUUGUCCGAAAAGUUGCAUGCCCUCCAUCACACGCGCAGUUCAACCUCGAUAGGGUGGAUUGUGCCAAUUGAAAAGUAACUUGGAUCUUUAGGAUAUAUAGUUAUAUUCAUAGGAUGGUAAUUCUUUAACUUUCCUUAAAGUGGAAUUUUUAUCUACAUCAGUUUUUUAGAACCACAAUACAUAACCCGCGAACAGGCAUACUCUGGGAACGAGAUUGACCAUAAUAUUGUAUACAAUUUCAUUUCAAUCAUAAUUUCAUUUCCAUAAUUUAACCCCGUUCUUUUUUAAGGUUCCACUUAAUGACAUGUUUGGUUAUGCAUCAGAAUUACGGUCACUGACGCAGGUAGGACGUCAUGUCGGUUUAGAUUAUGUAAACAGAAUAGGAACCUUACAAAAGGUCAACGUCUUGGUUUUGUCUAUGAUUUUGGCGUAACCGUUGCAAUGCUGUCGCCAUGCAUGGUCCUUAUGAGAGGUAUUCUUCCCUCUGAAAAUAUUCAAAAUGGCGGAUGUUCAGGAGGGUGAAUGCCUUUGAUAACCGCACUGGCUAGGAACAUGGCGACAGCAUGACGUGGCAGCGGUUACGCUUUUUUGGCCGAGUCGACCUUCAAUUUGUAUGUAUUCUGUGCUAUGUAUUCGUGUCAAAGAAAGUAGAUGUCCACGACAUCGCUCAAAAGCAAUGACUCAAGCGAAGUCUCGCUCAAUCCUCACUCAAGUUUGGUUUGAAGAUUCGUUGUCACCACAGGUGUUCACCUGGGAAAAACUAUUCUGCACGCAGAAGAUUCCUCGGAAAACUUUGGAUUAAGGAUAGGGUCAGGGCAGUGGAAGCGGAACGCGCGGGAGGGGGGGGGGGAAGGGGGGGCAAGUCCCCCCCCCAAAAAAAAUGGAUUCGAAAUUUUAAAGAUUAUAUAUUAAAAUUGGGCAAAUUUAGUGAGAAAAAUGGGGAAAGAUCAAAGAAAACCGGCAAAUGCAUUAAAGAUAUCAAGUUGGAAUAUUAGGUCCGAAUAUUUUUUAGUAGGGUCCUGACAAUCAAAUUGCAAAAACUUCAAAUUGCACUCGUCCUUCGUCAUUGAAAAACUCACUCGUGCAUGCUUUUCCCACCAGAUACCAUAUUAAUACCUAUAAAAAUUUCUUUUACUUUUUACCAUCUAGGGAAAAGGAGAGUUUACUAUGGAAUAUUGCAAAUAUUUACCAGCUUCACGUCAGGUGCAGGUUGAAUUGAUUGAAAAGUAUAACAAAGACAGACAGCAGAAAGCCAAAGCAAGAUGAAGCAUACUACGUUCUGAAUGGGUAUGUUAUGAGUAUUCCUUCCCUCAGCUCUCCCAAAGGCAAAGAGGGUCAUUGCCACCGAACCUCGAUUCUUACGCUGAAAAUUCUAACAAACCUCAGUGGAACUGAGGUGAUGUAACUACAGCAAGUAAUAUAAUUAAUCCAAGUCGAAACUCUUCCACUCUAAAUUAUUACUUCUUGGUCAGGUAUAUUGUAUGAAGCCAAAGUUAGGACAUAAACUGUGACGAAAGAAUCUGAAUAUAGCGUGCCUACUUUGAUUGCAUAGAUUGUUAUCACGCAUUUAUUAAUUGCCCAGUGCAGAAUAUGGCGUAGAAGUGUACAAUAAUUUAUUUUAUCCAGGCUCAUGUAAUAAUUUUUUUAAACGGGCUGUAGCUCUCUUUGUCCUUUAGUUUAACCUAAACAUACUAUUAUCCAAGAUACAGUAAAAUUGUUUAACAAACAGCCGUUUAAUUUUACAUAUUUAUUUUACAGUUUUUAGUUUACAUUCAAUAUCAUACAGUAAAUUCGCAGUUUAACAAAACUUGCAAGUAAUGUAUAUUUAAGUAUAUGACAGUAUAUGGAUGAUCAUUUA